UACAAUCAAAAUAUUCCUACUGUAUUCUAAAUAUCUAUAGCUGAAGCAGAAUGAAAACAAUCAAGCUAUUUGGAUCCUCUCUCCCGGCUAAACAACAUGAUGAUCAAGAUACUAUUACCACCAACGAUGACGCUUCAAGAAAAAGAAAGUUUAGCCCUAAUCAAGAAGAAGAUGAUGAUGAUGAUCAUUCAUUUAUUCCCAAGAAACCUAAACUGUGUGAUGAUGGAGAAGAAGGAGAAGAUGCCGUGCCACCAUCAGACUUCCAUCCAGUCUCAGUUACGACCGGAGAAGAUGAUGGUGAUGCAGUUUCACCAAUAUCAGCGUUCUUUCCGGAAGAAGUUACAACCGACGAAGCCAUUUUGGGGAAAAGAAAGUCAAGUUUUAAUCAAGAAGAAGAAGAUGAUGAUGAUGAUGAUUCAUUUAUUCCCAAGAAACCUAAAUUGGCGACGGAAAGCCCUAAUCCAGAAGAAGCAGUUCCACCUAGAAUGUUGGCGAAAGGAAGCUCAAUUCAAGAGGAAGACUAUGAUUUAUCUCUUUCCACAAAACCUAGAAUGUUCAAGUUAUUUGGAGUCUACAUCUCCAUUGAUGAUCAAGAGGGUCACACUGUUAUACAAAACCCUAAUCAAGAUGAUCAAGCACCUAUACAAAACCCUAAUCAAGAGGAGGAAGAAGAAGAAGAAGAAGAAGCUCCUGAUCCACCAGAGGGAAAUGAUCUAGUUUUCAUGUUCGAGAAGGAGCUUACUUCUACAGAUGUUGCGCGGAAUCAGAAUCGGUUGCUCAUCACCAAAAGGACUAGUUUGCGAUUGAUGGCAGCUUUGACGGAAGAAGAGAGGGGAAGGGUGGAAGUGAAUGGAGGAGAUAAUCUGAGGGUGGUGACAACAGAUCCAAAUGGUGUUGAAUACAUAUUGAAGUUGAAGAGGUGGGCUGGUUCAAGUGCCUUAGUGUUGAAACAUGAAUGGGGGAAGCUCGUGCGCGCAAACGGAUUGCAGAUGGGGGAUUCCGUUGUCGGGUGGGGCUAUCGCGUAGAUGAUGAAUUCCGUUUGUUUCUCUAUAUUAUCAAGAAUCAAUUCAAUUAGAAAACUCUUGAGAGCCAUGAACAGCCUACACGCCGAAAUCUCAGACCCCGAGCGCUAUCAAGACUGUGUCCGUUGUUAAGUUGUAUGUCACGUCAUUAAUGUAAUAGGAUAUAGAGUCGGACGUAAUUAUAAGUCCCUUUCCGGGUUUUCUAUGUGGUUCUUUCCCGGAUCGCAAAAGAGAGUCGAACCACCCUAGGGUCCUUAGUAUAAAUAGAGACUUA